CGCGCCGGACUUCUAUGGUUGAGGGCUCUUCCGCCUCCUCACCGGACGGAUGCCGGAAGCAGAGAGAAGAUCUUCGGUGCCUGCGACUGUGUUGACAUUUACCUGCUUUUCAGACAUCUGGGGAGAACAUCUCCCGAGCAGCAAGUGGACCUCAAGAAUGGAGCAGGAUAAGCCUCAGCCCCCCUAUAUUAAAGAGGAGGAGGAGCUGCAGUACCCCUUCAUUAAAGGGGAAGAGGAGAAUCCAAAGCAAGCCCACAUUAAGGAGGGGGAGGAGCAACUUACCUCUUACAUAAAGGAGUCGCAUUCCCCCGUCACAUUACAGAGAAAGAGGAGUCAUAGCUCUGCUCACAUUAAAGAGGAAGAGGAGGAACAUAGCAUCAGUCAGGAGGAGUUUGAAGGACUUGAGGAUGACCAAGUGGUCUGUGUUAUCGUGAAGAGUGAAGAUGAUGAGGUCAAAGGUGAAAGUGAGGAGAAGAGAGAGGUGGAGCCUCCAAGCAGCAGCUCAACUCAACAUGUGACAACAGAAGCUGAUGGAGACCACUGUGGAGGAUCACAAGCAGACAAGAUCUUAGCUCCACUAUCAAGGUCACACUCUCCUGACACUGAUGAUGAAGACUCUGAAGCUGAUAAGACACGUCACACUGACAACACACACUUUAAUAAGACAUGUCACACUGACAACACACACUUGACAUGUUCUGACUGUGGCAAAACGUUUAAAUACUGUUGUCAACUGAAAAUACACAUGAGGAUACACACUGGAGAAAAACCUUUUUCCUGCUCAAUCUGUGGUCUAUGUUUUACUCAAAAGCAACAUUUGAUAACACACACAAGAACACACACUGGAGAAAAACCUUUUACCUGUUCAGUCUGUGGGCUAGGUUGUACUCAAAGGCAACAUUUGAUAAUACACACAAGAAUACACACUGGAGAAAAACCUUUUUCUUGUUCAAUCUGCGGCAAAGAUUUUACUCAAGGGUACCAUUUGAAAGCGCACAUGAGAAUACACACUGGAGAAAAACCUUUUUCCUGCUCAAAGUGUGGUAAAGGUUUUGCGCAUAAAAACGUGCUGAAAGGACACAUGACAAUGCACGCUGGAGAAAAACCUUUUUCUUGUUCAAUCUGCGGCAAAGAUUUUACUCAAGGAUACCAUUUGAAAGCGCACAUGAGAGUACACACGGGAGAAAAACCUUUUUCCUGCUCAGAGUGUGGUAAAGGUUUUGCACAUAAAAAUAUGCUGAAAGGACACAUGAAAAUGCAUGUUGGAGAAAAACCUUUCCCCUGUUAAAUCUGUUAAGGUUUUGUACAACAGUGUUUUUUAACCACUGUGCUGCGGCACACUAUUGUACUGUGAUAUAUCGUCUGGUGUGUCCAUGGGAGAUUAUGUAAUUUCACCUAAUUGGGUUACAAAAUAUGUUUUGCAAACCAGUAAUUAUAAUCCGCAAAUAAUGUGCCGUUGUUGAGUGUCUGUACUGUCUAGAGCUCAGCAGAGUAACCAUGUAAUACUCUUCCAUAUCAGUAGGUGGCAGCAGGUAGCUAAUUGCUGUGUAGAUGUCAGGAACAUGGUUUGUGGUGAUAUGCAGACGACAGCGGGAGGCAGCGUGCCGGUAAAAAGGUACCUAACGCUUGAACCAAAAAUAAACAAAGGGCAUUGAAGCUUAGGGAUGGCUAUGUACAACUAAACCAAAACUGAGCUGGCUGCAAAGUAAACAAAAACAGAAUGCUGUACGACAGCAAAGACUUACAGCGUGUGGAGCAGACGGCGUCCACAAAGUACAUCCGUACAUGAUAUGACAAUCAACAACAAAAUAUGAGCGCAAGACAAGAAUUAAAACACUACACUCAGGAAAACACCAAAAAACUCAAAAUAAGUCACGGCGUGAUGUGACAGGUCGUGACAGUACACCUACUUUGAGACAAGAGCUAUAGUGAUGCAUGGUUGGUUAUGGUUUAAAUUUAUAUCCAACAAUUGCUAGAACGACUUUUUAUUGUCAAUAUCAGCUGCUGAGUUUCAUUGUUUUAUGUUUUCUGCUCUGGGGGUGCCUCAAGAUUUUUUCAAUGAAAAAAAUGUGCCUUGGCUCAGAAAAGGUUGGAAAAACACCGUUGUACAAAAUCAAUAUUUGAAAGUACACAUGAGAAGACACACUGGUGAGAAAGUGUUGAGUUGGUGAAAGAUUCUCGUCUAAGUUCAAGUGUGCUAGUGAGAACAGCAGCAGCAAAUGAAGCUGCAGGAUUUGAAAUAAACUGUGAAAACUUAACUUUGACAAACGUUGAUUCUGCCAAGCCCGUUUCCCUUGGCU